AUGUCGAUUUUAUCCACUCUACGUCAAUCGCUGACAUUGUUUUGCUUCCCCUCGAAGUGUGACGAGGAAAAGCCCCACUGCCAGAGAUGUGUCUCACGUGAUAUCACAUGUACUUACCCACGAUUACAAUCUCUAGUCUGGGUGAAUGACCUGUCGAAGCCAGAAGCAAACAGUAAAACAUCAAGAGACAGUGGCCCUUCGCCUCCAGCUUACAGUUCGACCCCUCAAAAUGAAGAAGCUUUGACUUCGGGCACGAAAAGUCCGUCCCUCAAUCUCGAAAACAUAGAUCUGAUAAUCCACUGGUUCACAAAAACCGUGUACACAGUAAAUCCACCCAAUAAUCUCCAUGCCAUCAAAGUAUCACAAACUCUCAUUUUGGAUGAAGCAAUGCAACAUCAAUAUCUCCUCCAUGGACUCCUUGCUUUAUCGGCUCUUCACUACGCAGAAUCCCAUCCAGACCCUCAGAAAUAUAUCGAGAUCGCCACGGCACAUCACACCCAAGGGCUUACUCUUUACCACUCCAUCCUCUCGGAUAUUAACAACGGGAAUGGUACUGCCAUUAUUGCUUUUUCGAGUAUUACUGCUAUGUUUGCCUUUGGUCUUGCGAGACCAGACGCAAAUAAAGAGGCUUCAGUGAGAUUGAUUGACGACAUGGUUCAAGCCAUUUCUUUGUCUAAAGGUUGGCAAACUAUUAUGCAUGUGACUCGGGGACUAGAGUCCCCUUCCCCUCAGAAGGAACAGAUCACUCUGUCACCGGAUGCUGAAGCUGUUUUUGAUCGACUAUACGCUUUAAGCCAAGGUCAAAACGAAACACUCUAUGAAACAGCAAUCACUUCCUUAAAAUACAUUUUCAAGAAGACAGAAAAAGGAGAAAAUGAUAAUCCGCAUUUAGCCUGUGAAUGGGGAGGCUCGUUGGAAGAAGAAUUCUUGCAAUUGCUCAGGGCUAGAGAUCCUGUUGCUCUAGUGAUUGUGGCAUUUUCUUGUGUAAUAUUUGAAAAGGUUCCGCAGGUAUGGUGGUUUAAGGGUUGGAGUGAGGGGCUUUUUGGGGUCGUUUGGAGGGAAGUUGGACAGGAUUACCAUGAGCUUUUGGAAUGGCCGAGGAGGAUUGUUGGUUUUGAGAUAUAA